UGUAUUUAAGCCAAAUCCCCAUACAGCUUUGAAAUUCUAAGGGAAGGACUAGCUGUGUGUUUUUUCAUUUCCACAGCCGCUUGAGAUGGCUGGCGCAAAUGCACAAAACGAUGCCGUUCCUAGCCUACAAGCCAAAACACUUGCAGAUUUUGACCCUCCGAAGAAACCAAAACUAAACAAGUAUGCUAUUGCUUGUGCAACACUCGCUUCCAUGACUUCAGUCCUGCUUGGUUACGAUCUUGGAGUGAUGAGUGGAGCUUGUAUCUUCAUCAAAGACGACCUCAAAAUCAACGACACUCAAGUUGAAAUCCUCGUUGGUAUCCUCAACUUGUACUCUCUACUUGGCUCUGCUGCCGCUGGAAGAACCUCCGACUGGAUCGGUCGCCGGUACACCAUAGUUGUCGCCGGCGCUAUCUUCUUCGUCGGAGCUAUCCUCAUGGGGUUCGCCACAAACUAUGCCUUCCUCAUGGUUGGCCGCUUCGUCGCCGGCGUCGGAGUCGGCUACGCACUGAUGAUUGCCCCCGUCUACACCGCCGAGGUCUCUCCCGCUUCUACUCGCGGCUUCCUCACCUCAUUCCCGGAGGUUUUCAUAAAUAGUGGGAUAUUGCUUGGCUAUGUAUCAAACUACGCCUUCUCGAAGCUUCCGACUAACCUGGGAUGGCGAUUCAUGCUCGGAGUCGGCGCGAUUCCGUCUGUUUUCAUCGCCGUAGGAGUGCUCGCCAUGCCAGAGUCUCCGCGGUGGUUGGUGAUGCAAGGACGACUCGGUGAUGCAAAGCGAGUUCUCGACAAAACAUCCGAUACAGUAGAAGAAGCACAAUUGAGAUUAGCAGAUAUAAAAGAAGCAGCCGGCAUCCCACAACACCAAAACGACGACUUCGUGAAGGUCCAGAAGAGAAGUCACGGAGAGGACGUGUGGAAGGAAUUGCUGCUCCGCCCUACCCCAGCCGUUCGUCACAUCCUAAUCGCAGGUGUUGGUAUUCACUUCUUCCAACAAGCGUCUGGUAUAGACGCUGUUGUACAGUAUAGUCCCCGUAUCUUCGAAAAAGCCGGUAUCACGUCGUCUGAUAAGAAGCUACUAGCCACCGUAGCCGUUGGAUUCACCAAGACAAUGUUCAUCUUUGUGGCCACAUUCUUGCUUGAUAAAAUCGGACGGCGGCCGUUGCUUCUCAGCAGCGUGGGUGGCAUGAUUUUGUCGCUAGCAACGCUCGGUUUCAGCCUCACGAUCAUCGAUCACAAUCAUGAAAAAAUAAUGUGGGCCGUCGCAUUGGCUUUCGCUACCGUAUUAUCCUACGUCUCGUUCUUCUCGAUUGGAAUGGGACCUGUCACGUGGGUUUACAGUUCAGAGAUAUUCCCAUUGAAGCUACGCGCGCAAGGGACGAGUAUGGCAGUGGCAGUGAAUAGAGUGACAAGUGGGAUCCUCUCAAUGACAUUUAUAUCCUUAUACAAAGCGAUAUCGAUUGGUGGGGCCUUCUUUCUAUUCGCGGCAGUUGCAACGGUGGCUUGGUUCUUCUUCUUCUUCUGUUUGCCUGAAACGCAUGGAAGGACACUCGAGGACAUGGAGGGCUUGUUUGGUAGCUUGGUUCAGUGGAGGCCCAUUACCAUGCAGAAGAAUAACAAGAACAAGACAGUUGAGAGCGAAACUAACGGUCAGAUUCAGUUAGGAAAUAGCUAGGAACCAAGGGUAAGUGUUUAUUUCAUAUAGUGUUGUUGGGUGGGUUAAGAUUUGCAAACAUAGUGGGUGGUUUUUGCCUUGCCCCAGUUCCUGUCAUCGGCACAUCCAAACAAGUAAAAGUUGCAGAUCCCUCUGUAGCAAUUUUUAAACUGGAUUUGUUGCAUAAUUGGAUUAAACCUACUAUAAUGUUGGGACUUAUUUUCCA